CGAUAGUGAAAAUCCCAUCAGCCAUGAAUCGCUUAACAGAACUUUCGAAGUGAAACCACAGAUACAUCAUACGGGUCACUUGAUGAAUGACUCCGACAUAUCCAUCGACGACUUGAACCAAUCCGAUUCGAAGCAUCGCGAAGAGGUCAAGAAUGAGUUCAAUGGUCUCAAUCACAGACUCCUCUCAUACAUGGAUCGGGUGCGCCAGAACGAGGCGACCGUGGCGGAGCUUUCCAACGCGAAACAAGCGCUAGAGAAACAAAUCGAGAUCUUGAAGAAGACCCAUUCCGAACAGACCGCCCUGCUGCGGUCCGAGCUCGACGAUCGGGUGCGUAAGACCGUCGUCGCCGAGGAGAAACUCUCUCAGGCGCAGCAAGAACUCACCAAGCAUGAGCAAGCAGUCGCCAACCGAGAUAGGAUCCUCGAAACGCAACGACUCCAUAACGAACAGCUGGAGCAAGCUCUGGUGAAGGAGAAGCAGAUGGUCGAGAACGCUAUGCGAAGAUCCGCCGAGCUUAAAGAGGCUCUGAUGAAGACUCACGAAGAGCGAGAACAUCUGAAGGACGAGUGUACGCGGCUCAAGGUUGAAGCCGCCAAGCUCCAAGAGCAGGUCAAAGUCGCUUCGCUGGAGAUCACCAUGCAUGAGAAUAAAAUGUCGGCGGUCGAAAAAGAGCUCCUGUAUUCGACGCAGGACGUGUCGGCGAAGCUCAUGGAGCAACGGAAACGUCUCGAAAUUAUGGGCACCCAGAAGCUGGAGGAAGUCCGCAAUAAGCACAACCAGGAGCUCGAGCGGUGCCGCAGAGAGUUCGAGAAGAAAUUGCAGGACACCCUCCAGACGUAUGUCUGCGCCGGCAAGUACGCCGCCCUACAAACCGAAUCGGAGUCCUACCGGAAACGAGCCGAGCAGGCGGAGCUCAAACUGACCGAACGAGAUAAUCUGAUCCGAGAUCUCCGGGACGAGAUGGAGAAACUCGAAAAAGCCCAUCAGCAGAAGAUGAUCGCGGAGAGAGGACGCCGAGAACGAAUCAACAAAAGACUCCUGGCUCAAAGUCGAGACCUGGAGGAAAUACGCAACGAGCUGGAAACCUACCGCAAGCUGCUCGAAGGAUUCGAUCUGGACGUUGAUGGACAGACGUUUUGCCGGACGCCAGUAGGCGCGAAGCGGCUCCGCACGUCGUUCGAAUCGUCCCCGCUACUCCUCCCCAGCUCUGUGAUGCGCAGGGCUGCGGAGAAUCAUGGCACGCCGAACGGAAAAUCGAAUGAGAGCACGCCGGUGUCUCUUGAGGCCCGGAAAGCACUCCUGAAGAGAGCUCUCACCCCCCGCAAGAGGACCUCUUCCGACGGUGACGAGAAGAUCCCCACGAGCAGUUCGGAAAGAGAUUGUUUGGUCAUGUAGAAGCAAGAAAGAUGAGGAGGACGCGGAAGCAUCGGCGUAACAUUGGAUGCGAUCGAUUCUUUCGAAAAAUCUGACGGAACCCCAGGGGAGGCGGGAUUUUGGGAGGCUCCUCUGGUUUGGAGCAGCGAGUUCGAAUGCAUGACUCGGACCCGCACUCGGAAAAAUAAAGAAUGAUACCUUCAAAAGCAAUGAAAGUAAAUAUGCCGAGCUUUGAACAU